AUGGCUAUGUCUGUGUGCCUUUGUAAUGGCGACAUCAGUUAUUCUGUACCAGAGGAGCAGAAGAAAGGCACGGUGAUCGGGAAUAUAGCAAAAGACCUUGGCCUCAGCGCCAAAGGACUGGCGGAUCGCAAGGCUCGGAUAGACACGGAAGGAAAUGAAAAGCGGUUUUGUGAUGUUCAGGGAGGACAACUGGUUAUUUCUGAAGUGAUUGACCGUGAGGAGCUAUGCGGAUCUAAGCCGCUGUGUUCCUAUAACUAUGAACUGGUUUUGGAGAACCCUUUGGAAUUACAUCAGGUAACAGUGCAGAUUGAGGAUAUCAAUGACAACCCACCUCGCUUCCCAAACAGUGACAUUAAACUGGAAAUCGGUGAAUCGGCUGUCAAAGGCGCACGUUUCCCUUUGGAUGAAGCGCACGAUCCAGACGUCGGUCGCAAUGGAAUGCAAACGUAUUCGGUUGAGAAGAAUGAUUAUUUUAGUCUUGCUGUGAAUUCUCAUUCUAAUGGGCAAAAGUACAGUGAAUUAAUUUUAGAUAAAGAGCUUGAUCGCGAGAAAGAGCCAGAAUUAACAUUAAUGCUUACUGCUUUCGAUGGAGGCUCUCCACAAAGAACAGGCACUGCAGUCAUACGUGUUGUUGUCUUGGAUGCCAACGAUAAUCUUCCAGUAUUCAGUGAAUCUACAUACACAGCUAGUCUAGCUGAAAAUUCUCCUUUGGGUACAGUAGUUUUGACCGUGCGUGCUACAGACGCAGAUGAUAGCGCAAAUGGAGAGGUCACAUAUGAAUUUACGCACAUAUCUGACAAAGUCCUUCGCCUCUUCUCCAUUGAUAAAGUCACCGGUGAGAUCAAAGUAAUUGGAGCAAUAGAUUAUGAAGAAAAAUCUGAGUACGAGCUAUGGGUGAAGGCAAAAGACGGGCCUGGGUUGGCCUCUAAUGCUAAAAUCAACAUUAUUAUCACAGAUGUUAAUGACAAUGCACCUGUGAUACAUAUUAAAUCGUUAAGCGUGCCAAUUCCUGAAAAUGUAGCCCCAGGAACAGAAAUUGGCAUAAUCAAUGUGCAAGACAAAGAUACUGGAGGAAAUAAACAGGUGCGGUGCUCCCUUCAGCAAAAUGUCCCAUUUAAAUUAAACCCAUCUAUUAAGAAUUAUUAUUCACUGGUGACAACUGUACUUGAUCGUGAACUUGUAAGUGACUAUAACAUUACAAUUGUGGCCACUGAUGAAGGGAACCCACCAUUGUCCUCCUCUAAAACUAUACAUCUGUCUGUUUCUGAUGUGAAUGAUAAUCCCCCUGUGUUUGAGGAGCAGUCGUACAGUGCAUAUGUGUCUGAGAAUAACAAGCCUGGCUCCUCUAUGUGUUCUGUUAGUGCCAGAGACCCAGACUGGAGACAGAAUGGCACAGUCUUCUACUCUCUGUUGCCCAGUGAGGUCAAUGGUGUUGCCCUCUCCUCAUAUUUAUCCAUUAAUGGAGACACAGGGGUGAUCCAUGCUGUGAGGGCCUUUGACUAUGAGCAGUUCAGAAGCUUCAAAGUUCAGGUUGUAGCCAGAGACAAUGGUUCUCCUCCACUCAGCAGCAACGUGACUGUGAGUGUGUUCAUAACAGAUGAGAAUGAUAACUCUCCUCAGAUAUUAUACCCUACUCCAGAAGGAAACUCCUUCAUGACUGAGAUGGUUCCUAAAGCUGCUCUUUCUGGCUCGCUGCUGUCCAAAGUCAUUGCUGUUGAUGCUGACUCUGGACAGAACGCAUGGCUGUCAUAUCAGAUCGUCAAGUCGACUGAUCCGGGACUUUUCACUAUUGGUCUCCACAGUGGAGAGAUCAGGGCUCAGAGGGACAUUUCUGAAUCUGACAGCAUGAAGCAGAACCUUGUGAUCUCAGUGAAAGAUAACGGACAGCCCUCUCUCUCUACAACCUGUGCUGUAUACUUAGUCAUCUCAGAUAACUUGGCUGAAGUUCCUGAACUCAAAGACAUGUCUUAUGAGGAGAACAACUCUAAACUCACAUCUUAUCUGAUCAUUGCUCUGGUGUCUGUGUCCACAUUUUUCCUGACUUUCAUCAUCCUGAUCAUUGCUGUGAGGUUGUGUCACAGGAGGAAGCCCAGACUGUUGUUUGAUGGAGCAGUAGCCAUUCCCAGUGCAUAUUUACCUCCCAACUAUGCAGAUGUUGAUGGAACUGGAACUCUCCGUAGCACUUACAACUAUGAUGCCUACAUGACAACAGGCUCCCGCACAAGUGACUUCAAGUUUGUCACCUCUUACAAUGACAACACUCUGCCUUCUGCUACCACUCUGAAGAGGAGCCCAGCUUUACGCAUGUAG